GCUUUUAUAUUUCCCAUGUUUGCCAGUGGAAAAAUUUGUCGGCGCCGUUGCCUUUUCUAUAUCAUUGCCUUUUUCAUAUGUCAAUUGAUCUUGGUACUCCAAUUUAUAGUCUAUGGACGAAAUAAUGAUAUUCCCGCGAGUAAACCCUUACAUCAUGGAAAUGACAGUGGGAUCACUUCUGAUUGGCGUGAAUUUAUAUUUCAUACACCGCCAAGAUCAGAGGAUUAUUACCAGUACAAUCUUCACUUAAGUGAUACUUUGGGAGUAAUUCGUAACUUGCCUUCGACAAGGCAUUAUGGCUGCAUGGCCCGUCCAUUUAAACAUCCGCCCCCUUUGGCAUCCAAAGUGAGUGUGGUGAUCAGUUUCCACAACGAGGCGCGUUCGAUGCUGCUGCGCACCAUAGUUUCCCUGCUGCGACGCACGCCGGAGGAGUAUCUGCAUGAGCUAAUCCUGGUGGACGAUGGCAGUCAGGAUGGUAGUUUAUUGAACCCGAACUUCCAUUACUUACGCACUUAUCGCACUCAAUUAAUAGUUACCCUGCUGGACGACCUAAUGCGAUGGAUGGACGGGUUUCUUGGGGCCCGAAGGGAUCGCCUGGGGCUCAUCUUCCGCAAAAACCAGAAGCGCAUGGGCCUGAUUUCCUCGCGCAACAGGGGCGCCUCCUUGGCCAGCGGACAUUAUGUGCUCUUCCUGGACAGCCACUGCGAGGUGAACGAGGAGUGGCUGGAGCCCCUGCUGGAGCGACUGGCUCUCAAUCCCCAUCUGGCAGUUAGCCCACUACUUGACCCCAUUGACCCGACCACCCUGAGUUACCGGAAGGGCAACGAGAUGCUGAAGGGCGGUUUCGAUUGGUCUCUGCACUUUCACUGGCUCAAGAGGCAGUUGGCCAUCAAGGAGCUGCCCGAGAUGGCCUACAAAAGUCCUGCCUUCGCUGGAGGAGUCCUGAUGAUGUCACGCGAUUGGUUCCUUAAGUUAGGCAGCUUCAAUUCGUAUCUGAAGAUCUGGGGCGGCGAGUCCAUCGAGCUGGCCAUUAAAUUGUGGCUUUGCGGUGGACAAAUUGAGAUCGUGCCCUGCAGUCGAAUCGGACACAUCUUCCGGCGGCGCCACGCCUUCGACUUCCCACCGCAAUCCGACCAGGACCAGCAGUUGAGCCCGGCCCAGGAAACCUAUCUGCACAAUUCAAAAAUCAUAGCCGAGUCCUGGCUGGACGAGUAUAAAAAUAUGUUCUACGCACUGAGGCCGGUGGCCAGGCGAAUUCCAUUGGAUCACACCUACGACGAGAUGCAGAAGUUGAGGCGGGAGCGACAGUGCCAUCCCUUCGAAUGGUAUCUGCGGCAUGUCAAUCCCGAACUAAGGCUGCACUUUGAUGAACUGUCGGCGACGGGAACGCUGCGGAAUGAGGAUCGGUGUCUGCAUGCCAGACAGAAGGACUCGCAGCUGAUCCUGGCCAGCUGCUACCUCAGCGACAUCACCCAGUGGAGCAUGUUGCGCAGCAGUGGACAGCUGAGCACCCAGCGGGAGCUGUGCUUGGGCGUGGGAUUAAGGAUGCGGGUAACCCUGCAGCCGUGUGGCAGGAAUGAGACCACGAGGAAGUCCCAGCGAUGGCUGCGCCUCGGAACCCACCUCCUCCAUGCCGAGACGCACCUCUGCCUGGAUAAUCCGCUCAGGGACCGACUGGAGAUGAGCACCUGCCGUUCGCAUGCCGUAUCGCAGUCCUUUCAAUUUGCAUUGGAAAUGGAGUGGCAGACAUAAACUUUGCCUAAUGAUACUCAAUUACUCCGCUCGAUUCGAAAUACCCCAAAAUUCUGAUACUGAUUCGAUGAACCUGAGCCUCUUAGUUCUGUGAUGGUUGAGUGUUUCUGUGUUUGUGUUUGGGGUAAAUCUCUUGGCAUGCAGGUAAAUCAAAAUGCUGACAUGUUGUGCUAAUCUCUGUGAAACAUUUCCGCUGGCGGCCAUGGCCAUAGAUUACGGAGGCGGCGGUAAAUUAUGGCGCCAUAGAUAUAAGGAAAGGUGCUUCCUAACUCCGAGAUCCUUGUUCCUCCUUUUUUGUUUUUUUUCUCAGCAGCCUUUGUUGCCGUCGUCCGACUAUCAAGACUCGCAGCGCUUCCUGUCGCAUCCGUCACACGAGACAGGAUACAAUGGUUCCUGGGGGCGGCGGCGGCGGCUGGGAAAUGGGGGCGUGGCCAGAUAAAAGCCAACGACGCCGCGCGUAUUGUGCGGCUUGUUUAGGCGGCCCCUGUCAUCAGUCAGCGAACAGGGAACAGCGAACAGCGAACAAAAGCUUCCCUUCGGCGGCAAGGAGUCAGUCGCAAAUGUAAUUGAGUUGAUGACAAUGCCACUGACUGCCCGGCUCGCGCUUCCGGCAAUUUUGAUGGCCUCCGGAUGUCGGCGACAAAAAGCGGCGACACCGGAAACAAGACCAAAUAAAACAGGAACAGCCGUAGCAGCAGUAGCAUCUGAAACAUCAACUGCAAAGGCAGAAGUUCAUGGUGUG